AUGAGGACCCUUGGCAUUCGUUGCCACUGAGGGGUAUGAUAGACCUUGCUCCACCAGUGGACACGCUCCGCUCUCUUGUAGGAUCUGGGAGUCUCCUCUCCUCACAGCUGCCAAGGAGAAUGAUAUCCAGGCUCUCCGCAAGCUGCUCAAGUAUGAAGCCUGCGAUGUCCACGAGAAAGGAGCCCUGGGGGAGACAGCGCUGCACGUGGCGGCCCUCUAUGACCACCUGGAGGCCGCCAUCGCGCUGAUGGAGGCUGCCCCGGAGCUGGUCGACGAGCCCAUUACCUCUGAGCUGUAUGAAGGCCAGACGGCACUGCACAUGGCCGUCAUGAACCAGAACGUGAACUUGGUGGAAGCCCUGCUCGCCCACGGGGCCAGCGUGUCUGCAAGAGUCACAGGCUCCAAUUUCCGCCCGGGUCCCCACAACCUCCUCUACUUUGGGGAGCACCCUUUGUCCUUCGCGGCGUGCGUGGGCAGCGAGGAGAUCGUGAGGCUGCUCGUCGAGCACGGCGCCGACAUCCGGGCCCAGGACUCCCUGGGAAACACAGUGUUGCACAUCCUCGUCCUCCAGCCCAACAAGACCUUUGCCUGCCAGAUGUACAACCUGCUGCUGUCCUACGACGCGCACGGGGACCACCUGCAGUCGCUGGAUCUCGUGCCCAAUCACCAGGGCCUCACGCCCUUCAAGCUGGCUGGAGUGGAGGGCAACACCACGAUGUUCCAGCACCUGAUGCAGAAGCGGAAGCACAUCCAGUGGACGUGCGGGCCCCUGACCUCCACUCUCUAUGACCUCACGGAGAUUGACUCCCCGGGGGAGGAGCAAUCCCUGCUAGAGCUCAUCGUCACCUCCAAGAAGCGGGAGGCUCGCCAGAUCCUGGACCAGACGCCGGUGAAGGAGCUGGUGAACCUCAAGUGGAAGAGAUACGGGCGGCCCUACUUCUGUAUGCUGGCUGCCAUAUACCUGCUGUACAUGGUCUGCUUUACCACGUGCUGUGUCUAUCGCCCCCUCCAUCCCAGGACCGACAACCAGACCGGCCCCCGGGACAACACCCUCCUACAGCAGAAGCUACUUCAGGAGGCGUAUGUGGACCCCGAGGAUCACCUCCGACUGGUGGGGGAGCUGGUGUCCGUCUUCGGAGCUGUGAUCAUUCUGCUUAGAGAGAUUCCAGACAUGUUCCGCGUGGGGGUCACUCGCUUCUUUGGACAGACCAUCCUCGGAGGACCGUUCCACGUCCUCUUCAUCACCUACGCCUGCAUGGUGCUGGUGACGAUGGUGAUGCGGCUUUCCGACACCGACGGGGAGGUGGUGCCCAUGUCCUUCGCCCUGGUGCUGGGCUGGUGCAACGUCAUGUACUUUGCCCGAGGAUUCCAGAUGCUGGGCCCCUUCACCGUCAUGAUCCAGAAGAUGAUUUUCGGCGAUCUGAUGAGAUUCUGCUGGCUGAUGGCUGUGGUCAUUCUGGGCUUUGCCUCAGCCUUCUUUAUCAUCUUCCAGACGGAGAACCCUACCGAGCUGGGCCAUUUCUACAGUUACCCCAUGGCGCUGUUCAGCACCUUCGAGCUGUUCCUCACCAUCAUCGACGGCCCUGCCAACUACGACGUGGAUCUGCCCUUCGUGUACAGCAUCACCUACGCUGCCUUCGCCGUCAUCGCCGCCCUCCUCAUGCUCAACCUCCUCAUCGCCAUGAUGGGCGACACUCACUGGCGCGUGGCCCACGAGCGGGAUGAGCUCUGGAGGGCCCAGGUGAGCCCCCUGGUGGCUGGGAGGGUUAGUGCACGUCAUUCCCUUCCCGCCGAGGGCGGGGCCAAACUCAGAGGCCAGAUAUUUUGACCCCAACAUAGGUCUGGCCGGUUAGCGCACAGCACAAAAGAUUAUGCAAAGUGUACAGAACUGGAUUAGCAAUACAACUGAGCAAUACUGGACUAAAUAGCUGAAAAGAAUUCCUCACAGUUUUCUCAAAAAGUCCACCCUGUCUUUUCUAGAAUAAUCAACAAGAAAUGAUGCUUAGUAGUGGCUACAACAGCAUUCAGUAAAUUUUGUUACUGAUUUAAAAAGCUGGAGU